UGAGUCAGUCCGGAUCCAUGGACUGCUGAGAUCCAGUGUCCGUGUUUUGUCUGCAUUGUAACCUAACAGCCAUUUAGCCCCGCUGAGCUGUUUGUCUGUCUGAGGCUGUCUGUCUGUAACCCGGGAUAAGGUCCACCUGGGAGCUCUGGGAAUACCUCACCUGGUCAUGGACUACCUGGGACCAGUUCUGCUCUCCUCCAGGACCGAGCAGUGACCCCAACAUGUCGGUGUUCCCCUGUGUUCCCCGUGUUCUCCGGGCGGUGUGAUGGCUGCGGUGCAGUGAGCACGUUGACGGUUCGAUCCCUCAGCCUGUUAGCCUGCUAGCUUGUUAGCCUGUUAGCUUGUUAGCCUGUGAGUCUGUUAGCCUGUUAGCCUGUCCAUCGGAUCCUAUGGAGUGCACAUGAACCUUUGCCGGACCGGGACUACACACGGGGAGGAGAUGUGGGGAGCAGGGAGGAGGCGCGGGGUCCUGCCCUGAGGAGGCGUCCUGCGGCAGGGAGGAGCGCGGCCCUCCUGUGGCCCUCCUGCGGCGCUCCGGGACGCUCCUACUAAGAUGUCCCUCAGCAGCGGCCCUGCAGGCGGGAAAGGUGUGGACUCCAACGCGGUGGACACGUACGACAGCGGCGAUGAGUGGGAUAUAGGUGUUGGAAAUCUGAUCAUUGACCUGGACGCAGACUUGGAGAAGGACAAACUAGAGAUGUCGAGCAGUAAGGAAGGAGGGGGCAUGGCCGCCCCCCCCAGCGCCGUGGCCGCGUUACCGGACAACAUCAAGUUUGUGAGUCCGGUAUCGGCCGCGCAGGGCAAAGAGAGCAAAUCAAAAUCUAAACGUAGUAAAAACUCUAAGGAGAGCGCCAAGGCCCCCGUCCCAGACGGAGCCAAGAAGGAGGUUCAGGGUCGGGCCCCUAGUGACCCGCCCCCCCAGAACCCCAACUCUACCCCCACUAAAGGAACUGACAAGUCCAGUAAACCCUCCCGUAACCUCCCCAGCGUGAAGAAGGACAAAGACGGGGCGUCGGGGAAAACCAAGAAGGAGAAGAUGGAGGGAACGGGAGCGGCCAACUCCGAGAAGGAGGCUGUGGCCCCCGUCCUGCCGCUGGGGGCCCCUCGCAGCGGACCCUUUGAGGGUCAACAAAACCCCGAACUAGCUGCUGCCGAGCAGCUCGGGAAUAUGGCACUGGACUCUGCAGGGAUUGGCCAGCCUGUCGCUAUGGCAACAGAGCCAGAGGAAGUGGAUAACGGUGAAUGCAGAAAUCUGAAGAAGGUGGUCAGUGUGAAGAUGGAGUCUCCGGUCUCCACCCCGGCUCCUCCUCCUCUCCACCUCCUCGCUCCCGUCUCCAACAGCGACAUCUCCUCUCCCUGCGAGCAGAUCAUGGUCCGCACGCGCUCAGUAGCGGUGAACACGGCAGACGCGGCGCUGGCCACCGAGCCGGAGUGCCUGGGACCCUGCGAGCCGGGGACCAGCGUGAACCUGGAGGGCAUCGUGUGGCAGGAGACCGAGGACGGCAUGCUGGUUGUAAAUGUCACCUGGAGGAACAAGACGUACGUUGGGACCCUGCUGGACUGCACGAGACACGACUGGGCGCCCCCGAGGUUCUGUGAGUCUCCCACCAGUGAUGUGGAGAUGCGUAGCGGUCGUGGUCGGGGGAAGAGGAUGCGUCCGAGCAGCAACACGCCGCUCAACGACAACAGCAACUCCUCCGACAACAAAGGCGGCUGCAGCAGCAAGACGCGCGGCGCCGCGGCCAACAGCAAGGGCCGGAGAGGAAGCCAGACGGCGGGUGGCACCGAGGACGCCAAGGCCAGUCCGUCCUCCGCCAAGAGGAAGACCAAACCCGCCUCAGACAUGGAGCCCACCUCCAGCUCUGAGGACACCAAGGCCUCCAAGAGAAUGAGGACUAACUCGACCGGCGCCGCUCUCCCCCUCCCCGGGGGGAAACCGGACGCACUCCCUCACCCGCAGCUGGACCGGACCUGCCCCUCCCCCGUGCUCAUAGACUGCCCGCACCCCAACUGCAACAAGAAGUACAAGCACAUCAACGGGCUCAAGUACCACCAGGCCCGGGCCCACAACGACCACGACGUCCGGUUAGACCAGGACGCAGACAGCGAGUACGGGGACGACCCCGCCCUCCACCCCGACCCCGCCUCCUGCAACGGUGCCGCCAUCUCCCCCGCCCGCUCCACCACGCCAAAAGGACGGGGGUUUGACGCCCCGUCGCCGUCCCCCGGGAAGCUGAAGGGGAAGAAGAAGGGAGGAGAGGCGGAGCCAGAGGGGACGGACGGAGGAGAGGAGGGGCCGUGUCUGACCGACGAGGCCAGCAACGACGGGAUGGACGACAGGAAGGGGAAGAAGAUGGCGGCGGGGGGGAAAUCUGAUAAACUGACACAGAAAGGUUUGAAACCCGCCCGCCCCGCCGCCCCCGCCGCCCCCUCACCGUACGCCCUGCAGGCCACCUCCCCCGCUCUGGGCUCUGUGGUUCAGUCCGUCCCCAAGAGCCCGCAGAUGAAGACCGCUCAACCCAAACCUCCUCCGCUGGCUGACCCCGCCUCCAGCCCCACGCCCUCCAAAGACAAGAAGAAGAAGGACAAGAAGAAGAGGGAGGGGUGCAAGGAGGGGGACAGUCCGAAGUCCAUGGGUAAGGGGGCGCGGUCUGAGGAGGGGAGGAGCCCGUACUCUGAGGACUCUAUGCUGAACGGAUCCUCUGAGGCUCAUCAGAGCCGGCUCGCCAGCAUCAAGGCCGAGGCCGACAAGGUCUACAGCUUCUCCGACAACGCGCCCAGCCCCUCCAUCGGGGGCGUGAGCCGGAUGGAGGCCGGCCUCGGACCCCCGCACCUCAACCAGAACGGAGCCGACAACGCCUCCGUCAAAACCAGCAGCCCCGCCUACUCCGACAUUUCAGACGCGGGCGAGGACGGCGAGGGGAGGGCGGAGGGCGUGAAGGUGAAGACUGAGCCGGAUCAGGGUCCUCGAGAGGGGGCCAAGAAAAAUCUGUUCCCCCCUCAGGCCCCCAACAAGGACUCGCCGUACUACCCCAACUACGACUCCUACUACUCCCCCAACUACCCCAACGCCAGCCCCGGGGCGGCGCCCACAGCCCCGCCUCACGUGGAGGGGGCGCAGGUGAAGGUGAAGAAGGAGGAGGAGCCUGAGGUGGUGGAGGAGACCAAAGUGAAGAUCGAGCCUCCGGAGGAGAGGAAGGUGGACCCGGGUCCUCCGCAGCCCUCAGUGAUCCAGCAGCGCUCUAACAUGUACACCCAGCCUCUGUACUACAACCAGUACUACGUCCCCCCGUACUCGUACUCACACGACCCGGCCUACCACGCCCACCUGCUCGCCUCCAACCCCGCCUUCCGCCAGCAGUACGAGGAGCGCCAGCGCCAGGCCGACAAGAAGGCCGAGGGCAAGGAGCGGGAGGCGAGCGCCAAGGAGGAGUGGAAGCAGAAAGCCUCGGUGCCGCCCACUCUCUCCAGAGCGCCCAGCCUCACGGACCUCACCGCCAAGGGGGGUCUGAACCCCAACAAGCCCAAAGAGCCCCCGCUGACCUCGGAGCAGGCCAAGUCUGUCAUCAUGGCCAAGGGGGAGGAGCCCAAGACCCCCGCCAACCAGCCAGAGGGCCUGAAGAUGAAGCUGAGUGAAGCAGGGCAUCAUGGGAAGGAAGAGACCAAGCAAGGGGCGGAGUCAGGACGGCCGGCGGGGGUGGAGCCCGCCAUGUGGUACAGACAGGAGCCAGACUCUCGACUGUGGCCGUACGUUUACCCCAACAAAUACUCUGAAGCUCCCAAACCUCAGGAGGACGAGAGGUGGAAGGAGGAGAGGGAGCGGGAGCGGGAGAGGGAGAGGGAGCGAGACAGGAAAGGAAAGGAGGAGAGGCCACGGCCCAAGGAAGGCCACAUAAAAGAGGAGGUGAAGGAGGGGGUGGAGUGCAGGACUCAGCCGCCUCCAGAGGAGCACAGAGGAGGAGGAGGGAAGGAGGCGCGGCCCCCCCACAUGCAGUUCUCCUCCCCUCUGGCUCAGCACCAGGGAUACAUGCCCUACAUGCACGGACCCUACGCCUACAGCCACGGGUACGAGCCCACCCACCCCGGGUAC